CUUUAGGGGAGUGUCUCGGCUGCGUUUGUGUGGAUAGCAAUAACCCCGCCGCGCGCAGACCGGAGCGCUGAAGUAAAGUCAAAGACGAUUUAUCAGCGGGGGAAACGGACCCAACGAGAAAUACAUACAUACUGAUUUCACUUUCUUCGUAGAACAAUGUUUGGCUUCCAUGUGAUGCUGGUUUGCAUGUGGUGCGCGAUUGGUUCCGCUGUCGCACGGAAAGCUGGUGCUGAAAGCGGGGAAAUUUUGGAUAAAAUUAACAGCGCGAGAUGCACCUCGCGCUGCCUGACGCUGCACAUCACGCAGAUCGCCGCCUCCCUCAGGAAUGUGCAGAGUGACGACGUCCUGCAGUGGUGCGAGGACCACAGGCGAUGUUCUCAGUGCUUACAACCAUGCAAGGAAUUGUGGGAAAAGAGGCGCGGGAUGAACCAGAAAAGCUGCGAGAAGCACCACGAGUGUACGGCCAGCGCGGAGUUCCUGGGGUCCGUGCGGGCCCAGAAGCAGGGCGACUGUCCGCCGCCACAGAAGGCCUCAGGGUUCGCCGCCGCCUGCGUGGAGAGCUGCAGCCUGGACCGCGAGUGCUCUGGCCCACGGAAAUGCUGCCCCAACGGCUGCGGGCAAACAUGCCAGGCGCCCGCCAACCUCUACAAGGGUGUCCCCCUGAGGCCCCGCAAAGACAUGUCCUUCCUAGAGGACCAGCAGGGGCAGCUCCUGGUGACCUGGAUGUCCAGGUUCAAUGUCUCCAUUGAGCCUGUGCUGUACAUCCUGCAGAAGAGAUGGAACUAUGGCAUCCACCCCAGUGAGGACGAGGCUACCCCAUGGCAGACCGUUACUAUGACGAUGGAGGACCGCGCCGUGCUGAAGGACGUGCGACCACACCGCUGGUAUCAGUUCAGGGUGAGCGCUAUCAACAGCCAGGGCAGCCGCGGGUUCACCACCCCCAGCAAGCACUUCUUCUCCUCGCGGGACCCAUUCCCACCAGAAAGACCUCGGCAUCUACGUGUGGGGAACUUCUCCGUGCAGGCAGACGGCACCAUCAGUACUCUUCUGCUGUGGGACCCGCCAAGGGAGGAGGACCUGGCCAUCCACCACUACAAAGUGACCUGGGGAGCCCAGUCCACCCACAAGAAAGGCCAGGACAGGAAGGAAACCUCCAAGGUCUCCAGAGGGGCCUCCAGGGAGACAGAGAUCAGGGGCCUCCGUCCUGACACUACGUAUGUGGUCCAGGUCCAGGCCAUUGCUCAAUGGGGCCAGAAGCGACUGAAGAGCAGCAAAGCGCAGCUGAGCUUCACCACAGCACUUGCAGUGGCAGGUCUUCCAGACGGACUGGACCUGGGUCAGGCCACUGGGGAGGUGUCCAAUGAGCUGCCCUCCUCGCUCUCCUCGCCCGCUGCUCUCCGCCUGGAGGCGGCUGCCCCGCACUACCACAACAGCCAGCUCCAGGUCAAAGUCUUCUGGAAGGAACGCUCGCCAGGGUCCCUGAAAGAUCCCCUCACCUUCCGUCUGAGAUGGUCCCCUGAAACCUGUGCUCACAACAUCACGAAGGCAGAGCGGAACGCCACCGUUCAGGGAACUCACUUUGUCAUCACUGGCCUGAUGUUUGCCUGUAAGUACAGGGUGUCAGUUAUGCCAGUAUCUGGCCAAGGUCAAAGGUCAGAGGCCGUGACCUCCGUGACAACGCCAUCCUGCGCUGCACUGAGAGACAGGGGAGUGAAGUCUCUGUUCUGUACCAGAGGGGAGCGCCCCUCGCUGGCUAAGAAAGCCCUGCAACGUCCAGAGAAGCUGACAGUUACUUUCCAGAUGCAGAACAGUUCCCUGCAAGGAGUGUUCAGCUGGCAGCUCUCACAGGCUGUUGCCGGGCAGAACCCAGUCACCGGCUUCCAGUUCUCCUGGGUCCCGGUGUCCAGCACUGGUGGCACCAGUGCAACCCUCAACACUCCCGUCGCCCAGACUCAGUUUGUGCACCCGGGUCAGCACUCCUUGACUGUAGGGCACCUGCAACCAGAGAGCGCGUACAAAGUGCGGGUGCAGGUGCUGUCAGCAGGGGGCAACGGACCCUCAAUCGUGAAGACCCUGCAUACACCUCGGCUCAACAGCACGCUGCUCUGAGACCUUCCCUCUUGUGUUUCCUCCUCGGUGGUUCCUCACGUUUGCCCUCCAACUGCAGUAGAUAAGAAACCAAGCAGCCGCGACACUGUCGAGACCAAGCAGCAGUCCACCAGCGUGUCAUCUCAGACUUGCAUGAUAUAAAUGAGAAAUCUGAAAUUAUGUGUUUAUAUAUGUGGUAUACAUCAUUAAUUACAUGUAUGUAACAUUUUUAGAAAGGUUUGUUUUUAAUUAUCCAAGUUAAUCGUUUUAAAUGUGUGAAAGAAAAAAUGAGCACUGAUGUUUGUACGAGUGUAGGAGGUCCAGUGUAAUUUGCCUUUGGCAGUAAUUUCUUGUACUUGAACGAUGUUUCUUUGAAUGUUCCUGUCAUUUUCUUUUUUUAUUUUAAAGAAAGGCUUGUAUACACAACUGUUUUCAUUGUUAUGGUUAUAUGAUAAGCGUUACAGUUCAGAAAUUACUAGGAUAUUGUCAUAAAUUAUUGAAAAACCCUGUUACCCUUUAAUACAGAAAGUUGUGGGCUUUAUUUAACCUCUGAAGUAUCCCACAGAAUCUCUUAUUUAUUUUUUUUUGUCAUUAAAUAAUGUGGUGUUGUCAUGG